AUAUCCUUUGGUUGAGUUUGUUGGGUUAGAUAUAUCUCCACUCCAAUCGACACAGAUAAAACCUAAAAAUUUCACAUUUAUUAAAGCAAAUGUUAUAGAAGGAAUACCAUUCGAGGACAAUUAUUUUGAUUUUGUAUUUCAACGAUUUCUGGUUUGCGGGUAUAACAAAGAGAAGUGGCCUUUUGCAAUAAAUGAAUUGGUUAGAGUUUUAAAACCGGGUGGAUUCCUAGAAUUAUGCGAACCUUCUCAGAUGGUUGAUUUAGGUCCAGUAUCUCGGCGUUUAUAUGAUGGUGAAAUGGGAAUAUUUGAACAACGAGGCUCAGAUAUUCAUAUAUAUCAAAAGUUAGAGGACUAUUUACAAAGCCAAGGCCAAUUAGAAAAUAUUAAAAAAGAAACAAAACUAUAUCCUCAUGGCAUAAAGUAUAAUAAUGAUAUUCAACUUUGUAAAAUG